AUGCAGCUUCCCAACUCUGCUGUGAAGUUGCUGUCGUUGGCUAUCUUGGUGGUGCCAGCUGUCGCGGCGCUUGACUGCGUCAAUGAAGUCGACCACAAGAAGGAGUACACAACCAACGGCAAAGUCUACAAGCUUUACUGUAAUAGCGAGAUCAAGCCGAUUACGCCUUCGGAACGUAUCGACAACGUUGCGACCCCUGAAGAAUGUGCCAAUCGUUGCGCUCAGAAAAGCGACUGCCGCCAUGCUUACUACCCUGCAAACAAUGGAAGGACUUUCGAGCUCCUCUGCGGAUAUGCCAACCCCUCUCUCGGCUACCAGACGAUCCCGAACGUUAACUCCUUAAGAGCUUGCGCUGAAAAGUGCGCUCUGGAUUCGAAAUGCGCAAAUGCCGAGUACCACAUCACCACCGGCGAUUGUAUUCCCUCCCCUGCUCGCGCAACACUAGGGCCUUUCUCUGACCUUGACAGUGUCUCUUUUGAAACUACAGGUGUGAACAACUGCAAGUUUUAUGGACCUGGAGACUACUCUACUGUUCACAAGCCUGGCGUUCACCACCACUACGCUACCAGCCCGCCCACGUCGGCACCGGACCACUUCGGGUCAAAGAGGUGUUCCACAGCGUGCCCGGAGGCGGAUGGACAGAUUUUUGCAAGUCCUACCGGAGAGAACUUUGUCAUGUCUUGCAAAAAGCGUCAUGGUACUACAUACCUCAAGGACGUCCCAGACCGGUACCCGUCGUUCGCAUCAUGCAUGACAGCAUGUGGCGCCGUGCCCGCUUGCCAGAGCGUCGACUACGAGGCCAAGACAAACAACUGCUACUUCAGCACCAACUCCAAGUCGCCCACCAUUGCGGCUAAAGCCUUCAUGAGCGCCCACUCUGCAGGGUGCUCCGGCGCGUGCGCAGGAUGUGCCGACGACAGCUGCAAAGACCUCGAGAAAGGCCCUCUCGGUCCUAGAAAGUACGGCUGCCCCGCCAACCAUGGCAAGCCUAUUACGGUCAAUGGCGUGGAUUUCCAAGUCGCUUGUCAGCAUGCCAUCAACAGCCAUCCAUACACGCAGGUCACAGCGGAGAGCUAUGAAAAGUGCAUUGAGCUUUGCGCUGCCAACGCCAACUGUGGUGGCGUGAACUGGAUCGGCAAGACGUGUUACCACCACCCGGACAACAACGCGGAUGAGAGCUCCGCGUUUGUCCAUCAACGUGCUGACUCGGACGCUUACGUCAAGAUCCCUGGACAUCUCUACAGCUCCCUGUCCCAGGCGUCGUGA